AUGACUUUUCUUUAUUUUUUGUAUGUUUUAUAUUUUCUAAUCUUUUAUUUUUUAGACGUUUUCUUUUUUCAUUAAUAAAUAUUCUUCUCUUAAAACUUUUCUUUCUUCUUGACUUUAAGCUCUUAAUUAUUUUACUUUUUAUACUUUUUAAUCUAAUUUUUUUUUUUUUGUUUAUUCUCUCUUUUUUUUUAUAUAUAUAAUUAAUCAAAAAAAAAAAAAUGUUUAGUUUACUAUUGCAUUUUUUUCUAAAUUUUUCAUUUUCAAAUAAUAUAUUUCCAUAGCUUUUUUACGUGUUUCUUCAAUUUUUUUUAAAGUUUUUAUUUCUUCUUGUCUUAAUAAAGAUAUCCUGUUUGCUAAUGUUUAUUAGUUUUCUUCCAUAUGUUUUCUUUCUUUUCUUGCAUUAUAAUAAUUACUUAUUGUGCUGUAUUUUAAAUCAAAGGGAUAUUAGACAGAUUGUUAUGCAUUUUCUUAAAAUUCUAUAGUCUCUUGGUUUUAAUUAGAAAGGCUUUAUUUGUUUCUUAAUUCAUUUCUAUUAUUUAGUUCGUCUAUAUUAUUUUAUUAAUCUUAAAUAUCUUUUUCUUAUUCAAAUAAAUUUUCAUUCUAUUAUGUUUCUUUCUAUUACUCUAAUUGUUAAUUUGAAUGAUCUUAUUUAUCUUAUUAAUAUUAUAAUUAGGGCUAUAUUUCUUAGUUAUUAUUUAAUUAAACUUAUUCUUCUU